UGAUAUCGCAGACGUCACAGCCUACCGUUGGUCCAGUUCAGUUAGAUGAGCCGUUGGUUCUCUCAGGAGGUAAACUGAACUAAAUCCGGACAGUUUAACCCGGGGCCCGGGACCAGUUCACAGUCUGAACCGGGAGACCUUUUAUUUUUUACUUAGGCCUAACCCGAAGUAAGCACCCUAAACAGCCGGGGCGGAGAGAGGGAGAGCCGCCGUUAACGUAACGUCUGUGACGUCGGCCCGCCCGGGCUGCCGCUCCGCUGGGUUUCCUAACUUACCUCGCCGUUUGACAAGGGGGGUCCUCAUCGGCUGUCACUGACUGAACGAUUCCGAUCGGAGCCUAACUGUGGGAAGAUAAGAGUGUGAUGAUGGAGAGGAAGAGGACGGACUGUCCCGCUCUGCCGCCCGGCUGGAAGAAAGAAGAAGUGAUCAGGAAGUCCGGACUGAGCGCUGGAAAGAGCGACGUCUACUACUACAGUCCUUCAGGCAAAAAGUUCAGGAGUAAGCCUCAGUUGUCCCGUUACCUCGGAAACACAGUAGACCUGGGAUGUUUCGACUUUCGGACGGGGAAGAUGAUGCCCGGAAAACUGCAGAAAAACAAACAGAGACUCCGACAUGACAUGCUCAGCUUGGCCAAGGGAGGUAAACCGGACCUGAACACAGCCCUGCCAAUCAGACAGACGGCAUCCAUCUUUAAACAGCCCGUUACCAAGGUUACGAGUCACCCCGGCAACAAGGUGAAAACAGACCCGCAGAGAGGGGCCGAGCAGCCCAGACAGCUGUUUUGGGAGAGGAGGUUGAAAGGUCUGCGGUCAUCAGACGUCACAGAAGAAGUCCUGCGGACCAUGGACCUGCCCAAAGGACUGCAGAGUGUUGGUCCAGACUCCAGUGAUGACACUCUGCUGUCGGCCAUCGCCAGCGCUCUGCACAUGAGCUCUUCUCCAAUAACUGGACAGACGUCUGUGGCUGCUGAGAAGAACCCGGCCAUCUGGCUGAACACGUCCCAGCCUCUCUGCAAGGCCUUCACCGUCACUGAUGAACACAUACGGGAGCAGGAGCUGAAGGUGUACCAGGCCAGGAGGAGUCUGGAGGAGGCACUGAUGGCCGACGGUUUGGCGCGGGCCGCCGAAAACACGCGACAGCUGCUGGUGGGGAAGAAGGCCUGAAGACGGACAGGGGAGGUAGAGUUCCUGUGUUCACCAGCCUCAGGUUUAUCAUCAUCUUCAUCUUAAUCCAGACAACAAACCAAAAACAGACCACCCAACAAAAACAGACCACCCACAGACUGAGACAACGCCUGCUCUCAUCCAUGGCCUCAGUGGGCGAUUGCUUCCACCUUCCUCUUAAGGAAACCUUUUUCAGAAUGACAUCACACUGGACAUCUAACAGCACCUGAAGAAACUGAAGUGAUUUUCCAGAGCAACAGCGGCAACAAUGGCAUCAGCAAUAACACAAACACCAGCAACAACUACAUUAUGGCAACUACUAUGGCUGCAGAAGCAACAGUUGCAGCAAUAGAAACUGCAACAUAGGAACAUGAGGAGCAACAAGCAAUAAGUUGAGUAUCGACCAGCUCAAAGCAACAACCGAAGCCUUUAAUCCUCUCUGUGCGUUAUCAUCUGUACAAACCUAUCCUUUCAAAUUCAGAUAUUAGUUUUCUUUCUUUUUAAUAUAAAGCUGAUAAAAACUUGUUUUUUAAAUACUGAAGAGCUACACCCUCAUCAAACCCAAAGUCAGGUUGCAAACUGCUGGACGGCUUUUGCUAACUCUACUAACUCUUAUUGUGCUCUUUGAUGAUUUUGGUUGUUUAUGGUGUAACGUUGUCAGUUUUAAAGAAGUCUUCAGGGGAUUUGAUUAAAUAAUGAGAAUUUACCUGAAUAUGAAAUAGAACCAUUGCUUAUUUAAGACACAUUUUAUACCUUGAGAGAACAUAUAUGCACAUUUCUUGGACUGGAGUAAAUAAAUGAUUAUCUUCA